UAUUUCUUUUUCUUUUUCCUUCUUCGAAACCUAAAACCUAGACAAAGGGAGGGUUGUGCAGUGCAAGAGCAAGAGAGAGGAACAGCGAGACGUAUUGGGAAAAAAGGAGAAGAAGACAGACGGAGAGUGAGAAUUGUGAUAUUCGAAGAGUUUUCGAGUUAAGAGAUCGCCGAAAGGACUUCAGAUUAAGCUAGAAGACACUAUUAUAAGCAAAAGAUGUAGCAGAGAAAAGAAAAAGAAAGUGACAAGAACAAAGUAGAAUUGUUGAAAUCUGUGGAUGAUGAGUGACCCAAAUCCUGCGAGUAAUAUUCCACAAUCUUCUCAAAGGUGUGCUGUUCGGCCGAGAAAGCCUCGGAUUCUGCUUGGUGCUUGCGGGUGCACUGAUGCUGCAAAAUUUGCGCUUCUUUGUCAUUUUUUUAGGAGAUGGGCAAGUGUAGAAGUUGUUCUCACACGAGCCUCGAUACCUUUUAUUGAAGUUUCACAAACUCCCCGUCCAGUUUUUUUUAAUCCUAGGAAAACUGCUUCUCAUCAUCUGGAAUGGGCUGAUGUCUUUGUCAUUGCUCCAUUGUCUGCAAAUACCCUUGCCAAGAUUGCGCAAGGGAUAUGUGACAAUUCUUUGACAGAAGUUGUGCGAGGUUGGGACCGUAACAAGCCAUUUUAUGUUGCACCUGCCAUAGACCCUCUUACGUGGAAUAAUCCUUUGACAAGACAAUAUCGCAAAAGAUGCGAUGAACUUGGCAUUAAUAUCAUCGAUCCCUCUCCACGGGGUGAAAUGGCUGACCCUACUGAAAUUUCUUACAUUGUCAAAAUCUCUAAUGAAGAGAUUUGGGACUAAUGUUUUUUUUAGUUAAACGAAUCACUCAACAACUUAUUUUGAGUGUUUUAGUAUUUUUCUUUUUGUUUGUAAAGAAAGAAAAAUGUUCAAAGUUAGAAAAGUGAUACAAAGCAUUGAUGUUUAGUUUAGUGUGAAAGUAAUAAUGUCUUACAUAUGUA